UGAAGUUGAACGUAGAAUUAUUCAAAGUCGAAGACGUUUUCUGAUUUGGGUGUGCAUUUAUUCGCCAAGUGAUUCAUGUGAUUAUAAAACUUAUAGACAAUGAUUUACUUGUCUGUGAUAUUCUAGUUUUGAGUUUGUUAAACGUUUUGUUGAUAAUGAUCAAAUAUCUAUUCAAUGAUAGCGUAUCACUGUCCGGUUUAUUGUGUGUAAAUAAUAAUUCAUUUAUAACCUGCUUCAACUAUGCUUGAAAGUCUUGUUGCCUGGGUUCUAAACAAUUACCUAGGAAAAUACGUAGAAAACCUAAAUACCGACCAAUUGAGCAUAGCUCUGUUACAAGGUGCUGUUGAGCUAGAAAAUCUACCACUGCGAAAAGAUGCAUUGCGACAGAUUGGGAUGCCGGUGCAGGUCCGUUCGGGUCUCAUCGGCAAAGUUCGGCUCCAGAUUCCUGUCAGUCAGAUACGAAGCGCGCCAUGGGAGAUAUCCAUCGAACAACUAUAUGUUGUCAUUGGACCAGUACAUCUAUCUCAGUGGGAUGAAGAGGCUGAGGAGAACGCGGCUCAAGACUAUAAACUGAGUCUAUUGGACGCCAUUGAAGCAAGAUGGCGGGCUGAAACAGAGUCAGGUCAAGCUCCCAGCUACUAUGCUUCAAGCUACUCCUCAUGGCUUAGCUAUGGCACCACGCUAGUCACAAAUAUUGUCGAAAAUUUACAGUUGAAAAUCAAAGACGUGCACAUCAGAUACGAGGACGACCAGACCAUAGAGGGAUCGGUGUUCGCGGCCGGACUCCGGAUCGAGUCACUGACAGCGCAGAGCUGCGAUGAAUCGUUCACGCCGAAAUUCAUCUGCUGGGAAAGCAGUGGUCACUCGUUCAAAGUGGUGCAGCUGACCAACUUGGCCGUCUACUGGGACAGCUGUUGUCGGAUGGAGGAAGGCGCUAAGAUGUGGGGUGACAUGACCAUGCAGGAGCUAAUGGUGGCGAUGGGAGGUGAGAACAGAGACAAACACGAGUUGCUGUUGACGCCGGUGAGUGGUGCGGCGCACAUCAAGCGCAACCGCGCCGAGCAUGCGCUGCGUUCGCGCAACCAGCCGCGCAUCAUCUGCGACCUUCUGCUCGAGGAUGUCCCCAUCACACUCUCUGACAAACAAUACGGGCAGAUGGUGGGCUGCAUGAAAGGUCUGGAUCGGAUUGAGCGUAACCGACGCUACCGCAAGCUGAGGCCAGCCGCGUCGGUGACCGACGCCCCGCGCCAAUGGUGGCACUACGCGGUCGCUUGUCUGCUGUGCGACUCGGGCGCAGGCGCCGUGCGCAUGGAGCGUGCAGGUGCCGCGCGUCUGGAAGGCAUGCUGCAGCGCGCACGCGACAACGUGCAGUAUGUGCGCAUCUACGGUCAGCUGUUGGCUGCCGGUGACGUCACUGCGCUUGCGCCCGCCGACAAAGCGAUCAAGGACGCUGUCGAGUGGGAGAGGGGAUUCGAUGAGUUGAGAGUGUUGAGGGAGAUCGCAAUGACUCGUAUCCGGCCUCCCAGUACCGCUAAGCCUUCACCGCCCCCAGAUGGAGGCGUCAAACCGCCCCCGGAGGCAGAAACCGCCAACAACCAACAGCAACAGGGGCGGAGCGUGCUAGUCAGCUGGUUCCCACAGUGGUGGGGAUGGCAAGCCACGCCUACCGCCGAAAGUGGGUGUGGUCAGGAGAGUGGGCAGAGCUUAGAGAGUGGGCGUGGUCAGGAAGAUACUAGAGAGAGUACACCGGCUUUGGCUAAAGGCAGUACAGUGCUUGAGGAGGAGAUACUCGAUGCACUAGCUGAUUCCGUUGAGAACAAUACAAUCCUAAGACGUGAUACUGUUUUCGGACAGUUCAACUUCUCACUGAAGAAAGGAUCCGUUCAUCUUUGUCAGGUGGUGGCGGACGCUACUAAUAAUGUAAACAGGAGUAGCUGUAUGAUGGAGUUGCAGUUUGAAAACGUGCAAAUGCGUUUAGAAUCGCGGCCGCGCAACAGCUCUCUUUGCUUCCACAUAUCGUUGGGUGCUGUCUCACUCCACGACCACCUCACUCCUGACUCAGCUUUUCCCAUUCUCAUUUCACCUCAAAAUUGUGAGAGCGCUCCAUCGGGCAGCCGAAACUUACCUCCAGGACUUGCUCGGCUACUCCAACAACAGCAGAAUGCCGGAUCCAACCAGCAGCCGCUGUUCCAACUCAUCUAUGAGUACAAACCAUUCAGCUCCAACUUUGAUUACAGGCUGCAAGUGAAGAGCGAGAGCCUGGACAUAGUUUACAAUGCAGAUGCAGCAAAAUGGCUGCUUGAGUUCUUCACAUGGCCGCACCAGAACAUGGACCCCAGCUUCAGGAUGGCUGCCAGACAGGGCUACAACGCCAUGAAGCAGCGCACCAAGAAACAGCUGCUCAGGAACUGGGAUAACAUUCUGCAGGGCCAUCAUAACGUGCGAAAAUCUUGGGACGUAGAAUUGGACAUUUCGGCUCCGCAAAUAUUUCUUGUCGAGCAUUUCAAUGAUAAGAAUGCCAUUCUGUGUGUCGUCGACUUUGGCAAACUGCAUUUCACCAAUCAGAACGAAGAGGCCAAAGAGAAGAAGAACGAGCAAGUCGAAGAAGAGGAAGAUGAAGAAGCAUUUCAAACACCGUGGUCCACUCCUCCAGGCAGUGAAGCUAGCAUCUCUAUCGGCUCUCCAAUCAUGGCCAAAACUUUGAGUUCGGCUGAUUUAAACAGUAGCUUCAAUGAGUUAGCUUUGCAUCACAGACUCUAUGACAAAUACUUGGUAGAGUUGAAUGAUCUUCAAAUUCUUGUUGGACGUGUGAAAGACAAUUGGAAAUUUGCCCAUGUGAGGGGGACAUCGGCUCUUCAUGUUCUGGAUCGAUUUAAUAUCUCAUUACAGUUGGAACGUCGUGUCGUUUAUACCACUGAUCCUCAGUUCCCAAGCUUAACUUUAAGUGGAAAUCUACCAAAGCUAAUAGUUCAUGUCAAUGAGCAGAAGAUACAAGCAUUGAGAACACUUUUCUAUGUUGUAUCGGGAAGGGGUCUUCUAUCACCAUUCAAGUCGUAUGAUCCGAGUCCUAUGCAGGAGCGUUCUGAUGCAGAUUCAAAGAAUGAGGGUUCUGAUGGUGAAGCUACAGACAAUAACAGGUCGGAGGCGUCCUAUUCAGAACACACUCACAAUGGAUCGGCCAGGCUCCUAAUGCUGCAAUUCUCUAUCGAUCAGAUGGCUCUUGAGGUGCAGUCGAGAGGCCGCAGUGUAGCCGAGCUGCAGGUGUCGGGAGUGAAGACCACCUUCACAAAGCGACCCUACGACACCAGCCUCACACUUAGUGUGCACAGUCUACUGCUGGUUGAUGCUCUACAAACAUUCGGACCGGACUUUGAGUUGCUGGUUGCCAGUCACAAACAUGUUGGUAUGGAUAGCGUGAGUGGAAGCCUGAGGGACAGUGAGCCGACAUCGCCAGUGUCGCCCGGCUCCCCCGACCCCCUCAGCCCUCGGCUCACCGCAAUGCAUGCACUCAACAUGGCAGCUCUCAACCAGCCCACCUCUCCGCACGCACUCAACACUGCACUCUCCAGUCUGUGCUUCGACAGAGCAAAAUCGCCACUUCAAUCACAGCCGCCCAAACCAUUGGCGCCUUCGAAUGUGGACAGUGAAGCGCUCAUCACCAUAGAGAUAGUGACAGUCAGCGCCAACUGUCCCACCAACGACAAUGCCAACGAGGAUCUGCAGAUUGCCAACAUUCAGUUCAACAAUCUGGAUGUUAUUGCGAAUCAGGAAACAAUAGUGGAGCUGGUCGGUUUCGUGAAACGCGUGUUCCCGCCGCAGAAAUCGACGCCGCGGCCCCCGCCGCUCACAGCUUUGCAGACCUCAGCAUUCAGUGCUUCCCUCGAUGAGGACAGGAUGUUCCAGUCCAGGGCUGGCUUGAGCAGCGGUGGUGUCAGCCCGACUACUGCGCAUGCGCCAAUGACGGCCAAUCAGGGACUUGCGUUCCCAACCUCGCUGCCUCACAACGCGCCUCAUCCUAGUCCUGCGCCUCAGGUGACGACCAGAACGAAACUGGUGUUCGACUUUCACCGACUAAACGUGUUGCUAAUGCGAGCCGUGCCCAAGGAUGAUGUACUCAUUGGUCGCAAGAUAGCCACUGCCACCAUGACUGAUGCAAAGAUACAUGCUGACUGUGGCAGCAAACUGAUGGUAGAAGGCUCCCUGGGCGGCCUACAAGUGCUGGAUCUGACCCCGGAAUCCAGCCUGCACCAGAGAAUUCUGUCACUGGGCCACGACCCGCUGACCGAUCCGCCGCCCGAUCCGUUCGCAGGCAUGAGCGCCGAUCUCUACAAGUCGUCCUACAGAGCUGCAACUCCCAAGAAGAACUCGUUCUCCGACCGGCAGGCGUUCAGUUUCCACAUUAAACGCAGUUUGCUCAAGAGUGGCACAGAUGGCAGCUGUGGCCCCGGUGGCGACGUGGGUGGUGGCGGGGGCGAUGGAGGGGGUGGUCAAGAGGCGGAGAUCAGCGUGGAGAUGGCGUCGGUGUGGUACACCCACUCGCCCCGCCUCCUCUUCGAGCUGCAGUCGUGUGCCACCGACUUCAAGCAGUACAUGGCACAUCUGGCACGCACCAUUGGCACGGCCGCCACCGAAAUGGCUAUUGGCCUCGUGCAUGCCAGAGCUGAACAACUAGUGCACAGCCUUUCGAUGGGAGGCAGACUGUACGGUUCGUCGGGUGAUGUGACCGGAGGAACGCCCAGACGUUACCGGAAGAGUUUCUCCUAUUCGACCGAGCAAGUGGACAGCAGCCUAGCUCCCAGCAGAGGAGGAUGUAGCACACCCUUCAGCCCAGGCGACAGCUAUAGCUCCAGGACACGAAUCAGAUGGAGAGUGCACCUGGACACACCUGUGGUGAUAAUGCCGCGAGCGCCGAACAGUCCGGCGGUGAUGGUGGCUCACCUGGGCCACAUAUCGCUGGACAACUCGUUCGCACCCAGCUCCCAGGCGGCCUCUCCCGGGUGGGCGGAUAGCGAGGAUGCCGCUGACCUGGACCCGGCCGAGGUCUAUAGCAUCGAAGUCAGGGACAUGAACCUCUACACGCUCAACAUCAAGCAACGCGCAAGCGAGUUGAAAAUCUCAUCGAACCCGAGUCAACUCAUCAGAGUGGAGAAGCUGUACAGCUGCAUGGAAGCUGGUAAGCCCGUUUUACACAACACAACCAUCAUGCUCAAAGUACAGCGUGAAUCGGCCUUUGCACAGGAGAUGCGGUUUCGCAGACAAGAAGACAUCCUGCUGGAAUCGGGCGGAAUCACCCCGACCGAAACCGAUCAAAAGCAAAUAGUAUCGGUGACUGGAAGUAUUGUUUCGUCGCUGAAAGUGUCAUUGUCACGGGAACAAUACGAACAAUUACUCGAAACUGUGAUGGCCAUCAACCAGGUGCCGAAGAAUGCGGACAGUUGUGGUAGGAGGAACCAGGAGUUGGAUCAUACUUUGGAUUUCCAGCGGAGUGGCACACUGGUGGAUAUUGAAGAGGAUGCCGAGUUGCAUACGGGGGUUUCGACACUCAGUUUGGACCCCACUCUGCGAGCCCGUAUGUUGUUGCAUUCCACAAACAACAGUCAGGAACACCUGGGCGAGGAAUCUAGUUUGGCGCUGAAGGUAUCCUUCCAACUCCCCUUAUUAACUCUGGAGCUGAUAGCUGAUUUUGGAGGUGGUGAGCAAAGGCUGGUGGAUUUGUCUUUUAUGGAACUGUUUGUCCAGUAUGAACAAAUGAUGGCUUAUGAGAGGAACAUACAGAUGUCGUUAAGAUCUGUUUUGUUGGAAGAUUUGUCUAAACCUAAGGACUCCAAACAUCGGUGCAUAAUGACGUCACAAUGCUCCAAUCAGGGAAACUCUAGUAUUUACAACAAUUUUGUGUCAAAAUCCUGUCCCGAUUUGAAUAAUACUUUGAUUAACGAUGGGAACCAGUGUUAUGAAAUGAGAAAUUCGUUGCCAGACCACCUAGAGGCGGAGACGGUAUUAGGUGCUAUGCCAUCCAAUAAAACUAAACAUCACUACUAUAGUAGAAUCUCCAAUACCAGUACAACAUCUAGUACUUGUCAACCAAACCAGAUCGGUGGUAGAAAGAAAUCCGUGUACGAAGCUAGUAACGAUUACCCUGUCACACCUCCACCCUCCCCUAGAUUAACCUCUUCCCCCCGUCUGUACAGGGAGGACAAUUUGGUUCAUGUGAAUGUUGUGCUACGUACCCCAAGGAACCAAUCCAAAAACACAUCCAGAACUGUGGUGAUUGAUUUUAACAGUUUAGAUGUUGUAGUGAAUGUGGAAUCUUGGGUGGUUGUGUUGGAUUUCUUCGGGAUAAGCUCAUCGGAUCCAGCUAACCCUAAAGAUAUGUCUCAAAGCAACAUUCUACAAGGAGCGUCGUCAUUGGAACAGAUAUACUUGGAAGAGUUGGAUGAACAGUGUAGUAAAAAUAAUGUUGAUGUCGGUAUGGAUUCGGAGUUUGAUAUAAGGGUACGAUCUUUGACAGUGAUACUAAACCAGGCACAGUAUGAGGUAGCUCGUGCAAAUAUGUCACAUCUCAGCGCAGUUGUAACAGCGGUAGCGGGUAGUGGUAUAACAGAUACAACCGCCAGUGUUGGCUCAUUCAGUUUGUUGGAUUUGACUCCCGAGCAUGGACGGUUGUAUCGGGAAAGAUUUGUGACCGACGGAUUGAAAAUGAAGAUGGUCAAGUACCAACAAUCGGAUACUGCUUCAAGGAACAACCGGGAAUUCGAUGUCAAACUAGAUUUGGAGAUGUGUUCUGUGCUUUACGUGCAUACACAACGUUUCAUAGCGGAGUUACAGACAUUUUUUAGACACUUUUCCCAUCUUCAACAACUUUUGGGGAGUAUUCGUUCAUCAACGGCGAUCCCUGAAGAAACUGGACCAUCCAUGAGGCUGAAACUCAACCUACAUGCGGCUUCCCCAGUUAUUUUCCUACCACAAAGUUCACGAUCAACCCAGUUGCUUGUUGUAGAUCUGGGUAAACUGACAGUUAGCAAUCAGUUUCUAAAAGCUGGGUCGCCUGGUACGAUUAGUGUCUCAACAGACCCCUCUUUACAAGAUAUUGUGGUGUUGGAUGUGUUGCAAAUCCAGUUGGAAAAUAUGGAUUUGUUGACUGGAGAAUGGAGCUCGGAAAACGGACAGAUUUCGUUGGGGAGUUACUAUGUUCAACGUGAUCCUUCCCGGUCGAUGCUCCGUGAAAAGUGUGGGUUACAACUUCAGGUUGAGAGGAAUUUGAUGUCUCACCGUACACACUGUGUACCAGAUAUGAGUGUUAAGGGUACACUAUCAACACUAGCAGCUACACUUUCUGUGGACCAGUACAAACUUGUGAAAGGUGUGCUUUCGUUCAACAUUGGGGAGUGUUUGGACGACAUACAUCAACAAACUGGCCUCGAUUUGAAUAAUUGUACUCAGAACAUCCAUUACAACCAACAAGGUGAUGAAGAGGGAAACGUGUGGCCUUGGACUUCGAUACAUUUGGAACUUUUGGACGUGAGUGUACGUCUACAACCGACCCCCGAUUUUACGCUAGCUUGUGUCAAUUUUAUCCGUUCCUAUCUGAAUGUGGAGAGCUACUCUGAUCACAGUCAAGACAUCGAUCUAGUUUCACACGAGAUUUUAAUCAUUGACACUCGUUACCAAGACGAACCAGUAAACAGACGAUCAAAUGUGUUUUCAAAUAUUCUACAACCGAUGCGAUCUGGAGGCACAACCCCGUACAACCCUUCUGAUAGUUGUAGUGAGUACAUACAGGCACAAGUGCAUCACAGGAAAAGAUCCGAUUUUUCUAAAUUUACGGUGCUUUUGAACAAUAUGCGACUAAUGGCCAUCGCUGAUUGGUGGGAAUCUGUGAGGGAUUUUAUCAUGGAAAAUCCUGAAAUGCCUCCAAUUCCUAGCACAGUUCCGCACUCCACAACUCAACCCAACAAUAGUUUAAUGUUCGAAUUGAAGCUGAACAUAACAGACUCGGAGAUAGUUAUUGUUGAAGAUACGUCACAGUGGGACACCAACGCUGUUAUACUGAAAAGUACAACGGUCAUCUCGUACAAACCACUAGACAACGAAAAACCAGUUUCCUGUAGUUUGAACCAUUGCGAGAUGUUCUCCUGCAUACUGGGCAUGGAAGAUGAGACAGCGCUAUCAAUUAUUGAUCCUGUGACUGUCAGUAUUGAGAUAGUAAACCGUAACUCGCCGACCGACGGUGACUUCAAAGUGUUGAAGAUGCAGAUGAUGCAUCUGAGCUUGCGACUUUCGUAUCAUGAUGUGCGAAUGUUCUCGCAAAUGCUGCAGUCAUUGCCCCAGCAGACCAGUUGGGCCAAGAAGAAUGUCAAUAAGCUGUCGGCGAAGCCUGCUAACUUUCUCGCACAAGUGAGUAAGCUGGCAGCACUAGGCUUUGCGAGGGAGGACUGCGCCUCUGCACUGGAGCAGUGUCAGGGACAGCUUGACGACGCAGCCCUGUGGCUUGUGCAGCAUGCCAGUGCAAGUGCGAGUGACAGUCAAGCCACUAGGCCCAACUUCUAUCUGGAGGGAACCAGUGGAUCAGCCGACAAUACAGCUGCUUCUGCCGCCAUGUCUUUCUCACAAAUCGAGGUGAAAACCGACUGCCUGUCAGUGUGUGUGAUCGACGACUGCAUGGACGCGGAUGUGCCCCUCCUGGAGAUGGUGUUGUCAUCUCUGGUGCUGAAACAUGACACCCUCAACGGAAGUGGAUCCGCCAACUGCCAACUGGCCAUGGACUACUACAACCGCAAGCUGUCUGGCUGGGAGCCCUUCCUCGAACCUUGGAGGAGCAACGUUUUGUGGGAGAGAGCGUGGAGUUGCUCAGCAAUCAAUAAGCACCUAAUGCAACUGCACAUCACUUCGCCAGACAUCCUCAACCUGAACAUAACCUCAACUCUGAUCGACCUCUACAGUCAGGUCAAGGACAAGUGGACUGAUGACUACUAUAAUCCCAAAGAGAGGUACGAUGUGGGCGGUGCGAAAUCGGUGGCAAACAGCAGUCCCCCGGGCUACAGACGUCGAUGUCCGUUUGUGCCGUUCGCUCUAUUGAAUGACACCGGGUCGCGGCUCUGGUUCAGCACGCUGACUGCGCACUCACCCACCUCCGAGGUAGGCCAGGAGAGGGAGCAAGCCGCUAGCAAGCCAGACAGCUCCUGGACACUUGUCGAGCCCGGUGAUACGGUGCCAUUCACCUUCGAGGAGAGAGGCAAACAACGACACAGGAAUACACACAAACUGAAAUCGCACAAAGUGAGGCUAUGUGUGGACGGAUGGAAGCCAAUAUGUCCGGCAGUAUCAGUGGACAGAGUCGGAGUUUACUUCAGACAGGCGUCACCCGACUUUGCAGUGGAGGGUGUGGAUCUGCCCCAAGCCCGUGUUGUUCUCGAAGUCACACUGGAAGGAUCCGCAAGGAAACUGGUGACUGUCAGAUCGGCUCUGCAGAUCACCAAUCAGCUCACUAGUCGGAUCGAAGUCAAACUGGACAAUGCUGAUCUACAUACUGGCGGUCGUAUGCAUUUAGUAGUGGAGCCUACAAACACAUUGUCUGUGCCGCUAGCCUAUGCUAUAGCACAAAUGUACGUGAGGCCUCUGGAGAAGUCCAACUCUCCCAACCAGUAUUACGCAUUCAGCAAUCAGCCCAUUGCCUGGAAAUCGGUGUCGCAGCCCGGUGAAGUCGUCAACAAAAUGCAUCACUGCAACAGCAAUCGUGGGCCCAGUUUCAAUUUGUGCGCAGUGAUCCGCCGGGAAGGCUACCCGGUUGAGCGGCCGGUGUUCAACGAUGUGUUUGUGCAGCCAGCGCACUCUAUCACUCUCAUCAGUCCAAUGACAAUCGUCAACCUGCUGCCCAACGAACUGCACUUCUCAGUCAAGGGCGUCUGUUCCGGUCGAAUUCGGCCCGGCGAUAGUGCCGCGUUGCACGAGGUUGAUACAAAACUCGCCGUUGAGUUGCUGCUACAUGUGGAGAACUACCCUGGUCUGUCAGCCCUGAUGCUCCCCGGGCAAAAUGCGCAAUCCAACUUCACAGCCAGACUUCGGCUGCAAGAUCUUUCCAAACGGCGGUUGAGUUUAUUGGCGGCUGUAACCUAUAGUAUCACACAUGGAUUGAGGGUGACAGUAUCGGCGCCAUUCUGGCUGGUGAACAAGACAGCGCUGCCAUUGGUGUUCAGACAAGAGGGCGUGGUCGAGGAGACGGCCGGCCAAUACGAGGAGCACGAGUUGGCUCGCAUGGUGGCACCGCUCAUGUUCUCGUUCGCCGACCAGGAGGCCAGUCCAACAGUGGUGGCGCGCAUCGGCACACGCGUGCACAAGGAUGCAGUCUCACAGUGGUGCAACAACUUCCAGCUGCACCCCGGCGUACAGGUGCGUCGGCUGCGUGUGUCGCUGCGUGACAACCGACCCGACCUGUUCUACAUGAUCGGCAUCGACAUCCGACCCGGUCGUGGUCGCUACCACGCCACCCACAUUGUCACGCUCUCCGCCCACUACCAGAUUCACAACAAAUCGUCACAUCGCAUCCAGUUCGCGCAGCACUGCUUUGCCACCACUGUCAACGACCCUGGCGCACAAGCCACCUACCUGCAAGCCGUUCCCGACUGCUUCCUGGCGUUCCACUGGCCGCGCCUGGAUCGCGCCCAACUGCUGUGCCUGCGCCUGAUGGACGUGGCGCACUGCUGUUGGUCGGGUGGCUUCCGAAUCGACGCCAACGAUUCUCUGCACCUUGCGGUGCGCGACCAGGCCGGCGCCAUACACUUUCUGCGUGUCGAGAUUGUGCUGCAAGGCGCCACAUUCUUCAUAGUCAUCACCGAUGCCCACAAUAUGCCUGCGCCCAUUCGUAUCGAUAAUUUCUCGUUGGUCCCGGUCCAGUUUUUCCAGGGCAAACAAAAUCACGUGAGCGCAGUGCGUGCCCGUUCGUCGAUGCCCUACGCCUGGGACGAGCCCACUCACCCUCCCGUCCUCACCCUGGUGGCCCCUGGGGGCGUGUCCGCCCAGUAUAACGUCAACACCAUCGGAGAGGGCACGGGGCUCACCUACGAGAACUUCAUCUAUAUCGCCUUCACGGGCACCUUCAAGAAUGUUGGUGACGUAGUGGACCAGUUGGACAUCUCGUGCCAGCAACUAGUUCUGGACGUUCCGGAAGGGUCGGACCGAGUGAUUCUGAGUCGCAAGGAGCAGGGUGCCCGGUCGCAGCUGUGGCGGAUGACGGGUGACGGACAUCUGCAGCAUGAAGGCUCCAGUCCGCCGUCUUCCAAUUCCGAGCGAAUUAUGGUACUAGACAUCUCGGGUCCCGCCCCGCAGCCGACACAAUACGUGGCGCUAGUGCUUCGGCGUCCUGACAAGCGGCGCGUCUCCACGCAGACGUGGCGCUUCACCGACGACGGACGUCUGUGCUGCGCGCACAACAACAUGUGUGUGCAGGCCAAGGACGGAUUUUUCGGACUCAGAAAUGAUGAAUCUGAAUUCCCAUGGCAGAAGUGGAGUGAAGUAGUGUUGGGCCCUCCACAGCCCGAGUGUUUCCGAACAACUGAGCAGGGCAUUCCUCUGGAGCAGGCGGUUUCCAGGCAUCGACUCAGGCCAGGCUCUGGCUUUCUCAAGAUUAAGAUUGACACUGACGGACCUACAAGAGUGGUGCAGAUCUAUGAUGUUAAAGAAAAGAGAACGUAUUCGAUAGCCGAGGAGCACGAUUGGGUGAGUGUGAUGGGGUCUGGCAAUCUGCAUCAACAUUCUAUCAACAGCCUAUCCUCGUCGUCUAUAGGCGAAGAUGUCAUUGCCAACUCGGCCGGCAACAGUUCAAUACGCGAAGUACAGUUGACAGUAGGCCUACCCCAUGGUCUGGGAUUGAGUCUGAUAUCCCGACAGCCUCCCGAAGAAUUAGUGUUCAUGCAGCUGACUGGCAUCGACUUCAAUGCCAUGUGGACGCCCGAAAUCGAGAUGUUCAAUGUCACCAUAAAAGAUAUUCAGGUUGACAAUCAACUAUUUGAAGCCCAGUAUCCAGUUCUGUUGUACGUGACCCCGAGCUCUCGUACCACUGACCCUGAAGAAGUGGCUCGUCCCGCUAUACAAGUUACCAUUGAAAAAACGCCACAGACCAAGUACUCCAAUGCCGAUAUAUUCAAGCAUCUAGUGGUUCGCGUGAAGAAUCUGUCGCUGAGCAUUGAGGAGCGACUGGCGCUGAAGCUGUUCGACUUUGCCGGGUACGGCGGGGAGGAGGGCAACGAGGAUGUCAACGAGAACGAAUUCGAAGCACAGCGCAUGCUCGCCGAGGCCACCUCCAUCAACAACAAACGCUACUACUUCCGCUGCUUCAAACUCAUUCUUACUCAGAUUCGUUUGAGCGUCAUGACAAGCAGCAAACUGGGAGAUAGACUGCUGAGCAUCAAGAGGAAGCUCGGUUUCACACUGAUCAAGUUUGAGGACGCGGCCGUUGAGCUGGAGCCCUAUGUCAAGCUGCAUUUCUUCGAGACGGCUCAGUUCAUUGUCAACUCCAUUCUCAAGCAUUACAAGAAUGUUUUGAAAUGGCAAGCAGCAAAAAUUCUUGGAUCAGUUGACUUCCUGGGCAAUCCUCUUGGAUUUAUCAACGACUUUUCGGAAGGCAUGUCUGGUUUGAUAUUCGAAGGAAGCGUGGGAGCUCUAGUGAAGAACGUCACCCAUGGUCUUUCCAACUCUGCUGCCAAAGUUGCAGAAACAUUGGGUGACGGCCUCGGACAAGCGAUUCUAGACGAGCAACAUGAAGAGACAAGACAACGAAUCAGGAAGGCUCACAGUGGAUCGAGCAGUGAUCACAUCGUCGCCGGCCUCAAGGGUCUGGGCUUCGGGCUGCUGGGCGGGGUGACUUCGGUGGUGAAGCAGUCUUACGAGGGUGCUUCGAACAACGGCAUGCAGGGCUUCGUGUCAGGCUUCGGAAAGGGGCUCAUUGGAACUGUCACCAAGCCCGUCGUUGGUGUGUUGGAUCUUGCCUCGGAGGCCGCCAGUGUACUCAGAGACUCUAGUCGCAGUUCGACAAGGAUAAGUCCAGGUCGCAAGCGCCUGCCGAGAUGUGUGACCAGUGCCACAGGGCUGCUGCCUCUUUACAACGGCAAGCAGAGUCAGGGCCAACAACUGCUGCACAUGAUCAACGAAUAUCGAUACGACGACGAACAAUUUAUGGCUUAUGAGAUUCUGCGUAGCGGACGUGAAGAUCUGCGUAUAAUAAUAUCGAGUGAAAUGGUGCGCGUCUUCUCAUGCAACUCAUCAUCCAGCAAUAGUUGCACUGUAGUCAUCGAAUCGCAUUUAAGCGACCUGUACCAUUGCCAGACGGAGAGCUUUAACAGUGGCAACGUGGCUUUGCACUACAUAGAGCUGGCAAUCAGAGGCAGUGCGGUGGCCACCUCGCUCAUGGGAGGAGUCGACCCUGUCAAACGGCCCCGGGUCCGCUGCGACAGUGAGGCCAUUGCGCAAUGGGUUACACAGCAGGUGAACUAUGCAAAGGGAAUGCAUGUCGAGCAACAGCAGACUUUGGCCAAAUCGUCUGACAAUGUUGCUGAGGACUGAAUUUAUUUUUGAAAAAUUGAUAACAAAUUGAAUAUAUCGAGAUGAAGGUUGAACAAUUUAUAUUUACAUGUCAAUGUAUUUUUUUAAACUCACAGAUUGAAAUUCAAAAUUUAUUAUCCAUAUUAUUAAGAGCACAAAUAAUUCAACAAAAUAUUUUUGACAAUUUUUUCAGUAAGUGAUUUUUUAUCUUGUUUUUGGGUACGAUUGUUCUUAGUUUCUAUUAUUUUUCUAGUCUGAUGGUUGAUUGUUAGCUCAUCCAAUAAUUGAAUAUUAUCUAUUAGUUUUUUGGAAAUAAAUAUUAGAAAAUCAAAAAAUUGAAGUGUUAGGUGUAAGGUUUACUUGUGUAUUAUUAUGGUGCUUAACUUAUUAUGUAUUAUAAUGUUUGGUCUGCCUCAUUCUUAUAGAUGUAACGUACGUGUAUAAAAUGUAGAGAAGAGUAGAUUUUUUAUAAUAUAACCCUCGCAGUGAUGCCGUUGUACAAAUCAAUAAAACAGGGGAAAUAAAUUCUGAUUUCAGGAUUGUAAAUAAAAAUAAUAUUUAUCAACGAAGAUUUGAACGAUUUUGACUAAUGAAAUUUAAAUUCCAAUCAUUAAAGCGAGUUUUUUGCUUCUUUUGUGUUUCUGGUACUGUAUUUGGAAAGAUUUACUAAUAUUUUUCUGUUUUGAUAUUUUAAAUUACUUUAUAUUUUAUAUAUCUUUGAAAUCUUAUUGAAAACACUACCACAAAAAGAUUACUAUCUCAAUUUUUAAAUUAUACCAGUUGGGCAUCUUAGUAAUAUUCAUUGUAUCUACCCAUUAAGUAUCAGUUCUUUAAGAAAUAUACUGGCUUAUGAACUUAAAUAACCAUCACAAAUAUUUUCAACUAGUGCUUGUUUGAUAUUGAGUAUUACAUUAUAUCUUUAACUUUAAAAACCACCAGAAUAUAGUUUCCUGUAUCCUAUUUAGUUUCUUGUUCAACCAAUUAUCGCAUAAAGUAUAACUGCAUGUUUAUCUCCUAUUGGAGAGAUGAGAACAAUUAUUGAUCAUUUUUAUUUUCUUAUUCAAUGGUACCAAUCAUCUAGUUUUUGGAAUAAAGAAAAAGAAUACACCAACGGUGAAAUCUGAUUACAGAUAUAUCUGUGACCUUAUCAACUCUGGAUCAAAUAAUUAUAAAACCAUGACUCCUUCCUGAAGUAUAUAGUCAAUACAACCCAGCAUGUAGCCAAUAUAUAGUAGAUUAGUCAUUUUUGUUUGAUAUAUAACUAUUCUUACUUGAUUUUUGUGAAGAAAUACUUGCUUGAAACGAAAACUACUAUAGAUGGUAAAAUGUAGUGUUGAAAGACUGAUUGUUAUUAUAAAAUAUUUGCAUUUUCAAUUGAGAAAAAACAUAAUUUUUCUAAUCAAAUUGUUAUUGAUCAAUGAAAACUGUUGUGGGUUAUUUUUUUGUUGAACCUCUAUUGAUAAAAAUAUUUUUUUUCAUGUAAUUGUGAUGUUAAAGUUACCGUAAUAAACUUAUUUAGAUAGUUUAACUAUGA